AGGCUGAAGGAGCUAGGCGGCUAAAUAAAGAGUCGAGCGCACUGGGAUCUUUCGGCGCUCCCUUUCUUCGCGCAUUCCCUUCUGCCACCUCGGCAAAGGUUGCAGAGGCGCAGCUGGGGAACGAAGGGGGCCUGGACCUGAAACAAAAUGGCGGCCCCGGGCGAGUACUUCAGUGUGGGCAGUCAGGUGUCGUGCCGGACUUGCCAGGAGCAGCGGCUGCAAGGCGAGGUGGUAGCUUUUGAUUACCCCAGCAAGAUGUUGGCACUCAAAUGCCCUUCCUCAAGUGGUAAACCUAACCACGCAGAUAUCUUACUUAUAAAUUUACAGUAUGUAUCAGAAGUUAACAUAAUCAAUGACCGCACAGAAACACCCCCACCUUUAGCUUCACUCAAUGUUAGCAAGCUUGCAAACAAAGCACGGAUGGAGAAGGAAGAAAAGCUGAGCCAGGCGUAUGCAAUUAGUGCUGGGGUCUCUUUGGAAGGACGGCAACUAUUCCAGACUAUACACAAGACUAUUAAAGAUUGUAAAUGGCAAGAGAAGAAUAUAGUCGUGAUGGAAGAAGUUGUCAUUGCCCCUCCAUACCAAGUGGAAAACUGUAAAGGCAAAGAGGGGAGUGCCCUAAGUCAUGUACGCAAAAUAGUCGAGAAACAUUUUAGAGAUGUCGAAAGCCAAAAGGUGAUGCAGCGUUCACAAGUCCAGCCAACACAGAAGGAAAGCGCCCUCUCAUCCUGAGUUCCACCUGCCCUUCCUGGUUGCGACAGAUUGCUCCUGUGGGGGU